AUGGAGUGGCUGCAGAAAGCUGGCGACUUGCUGGACAAACUCGACAGGACCGCUGCCGAGACUCUGGAGGCAGUUUCCAACGAUGCUGCGGCUGACGCUGACGAGCUCAAGAUCCUCAUGGUAGGCACCGACAUGGCGAUCCCUCUUCCAUGCAUGAGACGUCUGAACACAGGAGGAAAAGUUGAGAAGCUGUCCAAGGCUCUUGCAAAGAAGAGCAGCCAGCUCGAUCAGGCUCAACGGGAGGUCGAGAAAGCUGUGACGGAGCAGAACAAGCACCGACAAGCCGAGCAGCAGGCCCAGCUGCAGACGAACGCGAUGAGAGAGUCGCUGAAAGCCAAGGCGGACGAGAUCGAGUCGAUGCAGAGAUACAUGGAUCAGUUGAGAAGAGAGAACGAGGAAUAUUCCCGGAGAGUGAUUGAGCUGGAGAAGUCUCUCGAGGAGCAGGAGGAGUCCAAGGAUUUCCUCCAGAGGAAGUACGAGGAGGCGCAGAAGCAGGUGGAGGAAGCGCGGGCAGAGCACAAGAACCAGCUCCUCAUGUUCCAAGAUCGAGAGCAGUCGUUGUCCUCCGAGACUGUUCAGGUGCCGUGCCAUCCUUGCGACCACAACCCCCUCAUGGCUGCAUUCUUCCAGUUCACGAGGGAGCUCGCGGCGGCGGAGAGGCGGCGGCAGGAGAGCGAGGCAGCAGCCAAGGAGGCAGAGGAGCGGUUGUGCCUGACCGACCCUACCUUGCCCUCCUCUCACACGUGCCCGGAAGGCUUCGAGCAUCGGAGGAGAACUCUCGAUCGGUCGUGGCGAGCAUGCAAACGCUCAAGUUGGUGUUGCCUCGCUAUCGGAGGAAGCCCUGAUCCCUCCAUGAGCAGGAAGGAGGUCGAAGAGCACAAGCACGAGAGCCAAGUGCUUCGGAGCGCCCUCAAGGCGAAGGAGAGACACUGCGAGGAGCUGAGGGAAGAGUUCGACAACCAGACCAAGGGCAUCCGCAAGAAGCUGGAGGAAGCGGAGCUGCAGGUGAGGCAGCUGGAGAGGACGAGCCAUGUCAAGCCGCAUGUGAGGGAGGUCAACGACAACGAGCUGGAGGCCCAGCUCAACAAGAUGUGCGAGGAGGUGCUUGCAAAGCAGGUGCUCGACCUGGGUGGGCUGGAGGGGGAGGGGGUUAAUGACGUGUCAAAGGCACUGCUGGAGAGCCUGAUGAGCGAGAAGACGGCGCUGAGGUCAAGACUGGAGAGUGAGGUGGGAGGAUGUUGA